CAUUAAGAUCCCGACCGUAUUCCAGAUACAUUUGAUCUUAUGGGGUGUCCAGACCUGACGAGCCGAGCCUGAGCCAACAGUUCCAGGCAUCUGUAGCCAGACUUGGGUAUAUAGAAAACUGGAAAAUCUGUCGCAAAUGAACAUGUUUUGCCACACUUAUCAGGGCUGUUUCACAGCAGGAAAACAUAGGCUUUUAUAAGGGCUGCGCGUUUGAGUAAUCAAAGUCAUUGCCACUCAAGUGCGCUCCAAUUUGUCAACAAGGGAGAUCGAUCCGGGAAAAGCGAAGCAACCUGUUUUCCCCAAUGUUGGCUGUAAUUUGACCGGGAACAUGCCGCGAACCUGUUGAACGUUAUCGACGUUCGUCGACCUUUGAUGACGUUCGCGAUCCUGCAGGUUCGGCGUCGACGCCAGGAUUUCUGCUCCUGCGGCCUGGUUAGUCCCGAGCCACCAUCCCCAACUGCUCCGCACCGCAUCCAUCCUGCUUAUUUGUAAAUAUGGCGAUUCGAUUGUUGAUGGGGCGAAAUUGAGCGAAAUCGGGCGCGAAUGUCGGGUUUCAGUCCGGCCAGUUGUUGGCUGGCCCACAAAACUGUGGGCAGGUGGACGAGGGCGGCGAAAGAGCGCACUUGGGGCAACAAGAAUGGAAGCAACAGUAGCGAUAACAGUUUGGAGGAUUUUAACAUCUCCAAAGAACAACUGAACGUCCAGCCGCCUCAAAACUCGUCCCAAUCGAUGACAGCCGAAAUAAUGCGGACUCCCCUCGAGCUCUGCUCCUCAUCGGUGGCCAACCACGCCCUACAGCACCAGUCAAAGUCGUACCCCGGAGGACCGCCACUCUUAUGCAGAACCCCCAGCGCCUCCAGCCAAAGCAGUCUGGACAGCAGCACCUCUAAACAGGGCAGCAACAGAGGUUCUUCGCCUCAAAUCCGCACAUUUGCUCCCGAUGGAAAGGCUCAGCAGGCUCAUUUUCAUCAUGAGGCCACUCACACGUCCAGCUAUCCGCUGCCCAGGGGAUCAAGCCGGUCUCCAUCGCCUCAUCGGGCGGCUUCUCUGGAUAUUCGCUCCUCGUCGCCUGGAUUUAGUCACAUCAGCAUGGAUUUGCGCACCUCCUCACCUUCGCAGUCCAGCCUCACUUCACUCACAGGAGGGUCGGGCAGCAGCUGCAAUUCCCCCGUUCCUGCAAGUCCUCGGAAUGCCACUUUUUCCAGAUGCUUGUCGCCCCUCUUUAUCCCAUCAUCGCGAGGAGUGAUUCCAGACAGUUCCAUGGCGGCUCCCCCAGCCAGUCCCUUAGGCGCCAUCCAGCCCGACCUGUACCUGAAGAAGGACGGUCCGCUCUUCAUCGGCGACCCCAACAAACAGGGAAGUUUAGGGCGACUGCACUUCCGCCUCAGCUACGACCUGAACCGAUCCGACUUGGUGGUGCAUCUAAUCGAAGCGCACGAUUUAGCUGGAAGUGAUCAGGGAGGAUUCAACGAUCCCUACGUGCGAUUGUUCCUCACACCGGAAGUGGAUAGCAGGAAAAGGCAGACCAGUAUUCAUCGGAAUGAUACCAAUCCGGUGUUCAAUGAUAUUUUCAAGUUUCCGGUUUCGCAUGACGCGCUGCAGGCCAUGUCGCUGCUGCUCCAGGUGUUUGACUACGACAAGUUUUCUCGGAAUGAUAUCAUUGGCGAGGUGACCAUGCAGCUAGCAGAUUACGACUGUACUCAAAGCAUCGAAGUUUGGGCCGAAAUCUCCAAGAACAAAAAACCGCCUGAAGAAGUUCAAGAAAUGCUCUGCUCGCUCAUGUAUUUGCCCUCAGCUGAACGAAUCACCCUGUCCAUUGUCAAGGCUAGGAACCUGUUCAAACCCAGCGACAAACAGUUCAUUGACCCUUUCAUCAAAGUCUACCUCACCGCCAAUGGAAAGCGCAUCAAAAAGAAAAAGUCCAGCUGCAAGAAAGGUACAUGCAAUCCGGUCUGGAACGAGGCUCUGAUUUUCAACAUGCCAUCCACCAAUUUGCAGAGUUCGGAGUUUGAGAUUGGUGUAUACGAUCAAGGCAACGACCUGAUGGGGAGCAACCCGCUGUUGGGGUGCUGCACUAUUGGACCAAAGGCUGUCGGUACUGGCAAAGACCACUGGAAUGAUAUGAUCCAUACUCCUAGAAAGGCCGUCUUUUGCUGGCAUACUAUCAGAAGAAUCCCGGAAAACGACCACGUGAAGUAAACAAUCCAGGCGCAGGUAAAGUCAGUAUUAAGCCUAAAUCCCCAAACUAGGGGGAAGUACGCCUAAAAUUUACUAUGGUCCUAACAAUGUUUUUAAUUGUACUGUAUUAUCAGGGCAUUUUUGUACUUUGCGCCCGCUAUUGGGUCCUAUUUUUUACAAGCUGAAAUUCAAUUCACUUAACAGUACCGGCAGCAUUAAUUAAGUCCAGGAUAAACGCAAAAUCGAAUUCGGCAGGAAUCAACCAUCCGCUUACAUCAGAAGCAACGUUCAGCUCAUUUGUUCAAAUCUGAGACAAACAUUGACACGUUUUAUAUCAAAAUGAAAAUUUACUUAUGAAUAGUACGUAAGUUAACUUUUAAAAGACAAUCAUUUUCCUUGUGUUCCUGUUAGGCAUGUUUUAAAUGGUUUAAAGUCGGCAGUUUAAUGGCGCAUUGAGGUAUCAGAGAAUUGGGAAUGUUUUAUAUUCCUGUUGGAUGAAAUUGAAGGCGUUGGGGCGAAGCUUAAUAGUGGUAAAGGCUUUGGCAAAUGCAACAUUGGUAAUUUUCUUUGUGAGGCAUUUAAUCUUUUCCUCAAAAAGGAGGGAUUUUAAGCAAAAGUCAAGGGUAGAAAUAGUUUAGAAAUGAAUCGGCCUUGCUCGGACCUGGUUCUUCCACAAAGUUAAAGUUUUAAGAAAAGUGCUCCUUUUCAUCCACUUUUUAAGCGACUUGGAUAAUCAAUCGACAACGAGUGGACUUAAGAAAAAAACUGUUGUUUGGUUAAUUAAUUAAAGCGUUUUCGUCCCAUCCAUUUCUAAAUCGAUUUGAAGUCAAAUGGACUGUAUGAUGUACUUACGUAAAAAAUUCAAGAGUGAGAAUAUUUCCUAAAUGAAUCAGUCUUGUUGGGACGUAAUUCAGUUUUUGGAGUGGUUUUAGGCAAAAGCAGUCAAGAGUAAACAUUACUUUCAAAUUAAUCAGUCUCACAGUUGAAAAAUGAUAAUUUGAAUAAAAAAUCGCUAAAAUCUUUCUUGUCAUAAAAUUCCUAGAUGGCUUAAAAUCGGACGAUCUUUAUCAAUUUGUCGAAAAAAGCAAAAUGGUUUAAUCUGAAACAACAAAAUAUAUUUUGAUUGCAUAGAAAUAGACAAAAAAUAUUUCUGAUAUCUCAAUCGCCUCAUGUUCGGUCCUCAAAAGAACUGUGGUAGUUCUACGUUACAUUGAAGGUACAUUUGCUGGGUCUUUGAUCCGCUAACGUACCACUUGCGAUGUGGGCAAGCACAAGAAUGUGGGAUGCAAAGUUAGCUACCGAAAUCCAGUAGAUCUAGGUUGAAAAGAUGAAAAGACACCUUGAUUGAGUGUAUAUAUACGUGUAUAACCCACCUCAAUUAUCCGCCUCAUACAUAUUGUUGCGAGUAUCAGUUGAAAUAUCAAAUGCGCUCAUCGUCACUCCCGCAACAAUUCUUAUACGUUCCCUAUUUAUCAUACCCAUUACAAAAAAAACGCUUAUUAAUUAUCAGAUAUAUGAUUAUAUACUAUAUAUUUAUAACAAAAAUGAUGUAAUUUAAGUGUUGAAUGUUAUACUUCAUGAGAUGUUUUCGAUGUUGUACCAAUCCCAAGCGGAUAUGUUUAUUACUCUUUUAAUGUGUGGCUUUUCUUUCUAGAAAAGCCCGAUAUCACAAAAUUAUCUCAGCCUAUAAACGAAACAAAUCUUAUGAUAAUCCCCUGUUCUCAAAAAGAAAGAAAACUAUUUGAAUAAUCCAACGGGACGUUAUUCCGAAUUAAUAUAAAUUGUUUAUAUUAUAUGAACAAAACGCGAAAGUAGGCACGGACAUAUAAGUAUAUACAUAUUAAAUGUGAAUGUUACAUACAUUCAAAGAGACUAUAUUUUAUUUUUUAAGAUUUAAAGUAGGUAGAAUGGUGUAUUUUAUGUGUUAUAUAUUAAUUUAAAAUAUAAACGUGAAGAAAUUAUUUUAAA